AUGGGUUUAGAUAUCGAUGAUUCAUGCACUGAUCACGAUGAUUGUAAGAAAAUUCCAUUUACCCAAUGUGUUGAUGAGAAAUGUCAGUGUCUACUGAACUUCGAGCGAAAAGGCGACGUUUGUAAAGGACUUCCAGGCGCCAAUUGUACGGCUGACUCAAACUGCUUAGAAAAUUCAUCAUGUAAUAAGGGAACCUGUCGAUGUGAUGAUCACUACGAAGAAACUACCAAAGAAUGUCAUAAAUUAGUGAAAAAUAUCGAUGAUUCAUGCACUGAUCACGAUGAUUGUAAGAAAAUUCCAUUUACCCAAUGUGUUGAUGAGAAAUGUAAGUGUCUACCGAACUUCGAGCGAAAAGGCGACGUUUGUAAAGGACUUCCAGGCACCAAUUGUACGGCUGACUCAAACUGCUUAGAAAAUUCAUCAUGUGAUAUGGGCACCUGUCAAUGUGGUGGUCACUACGAAGGAACUACCAAAGAAUGUCAUAAAUUAGUGAAAAAUAUCGAUGAUUCAUGCACUGAUCACGAUGAUUGUAAAAAAAUUCCAUUUACCCAAUGUGUUGAUGAGAAAUGUAAGUGUCUACUGAACUUCGAGCGAAAAGGCGACGUUUGUAAAGGACUUCCAGGCGCCAAUUGUACGGCUGACUCAAACUGCUUAGAAAAUUCAUCAUGUAAUAAGGGAACCUGUCGAUGUGAUGAUCACUACGAAGAAACUACCAAAGAAUGUCAUAAAUUAGUGAAAAAUAUCGAUGAUUCAUGCACUGAUCACGAUGAUUGUAAGAAAAUUCCAUUUACCCAAUGUGUUGAUGAGAAAUGUAAGUGUCUACCGAACUUCGAGCGAAAAGGCGACGUUUGUAAAGGACUUCCAGGCACCAAUUGUACGGCUGACUCAAACUGCUUAGAAAAUUCAUCAUGUGAUAUGGGCACCUGUCAAUGUGGUGGUCACUACGAAGGAACUACCAAAGAAUGUCAUAAAUUAGUGAAAAAUAUCGAUGAUUCAUGCACUGAUCACGAUGAUUGUAAAAAAAUUCCAUUUACCCAAUGUGUUGAUGAGAAAUGUCAGUGUCUACCGAACUUCGAGCGAAAGGGCGACGUUUGUAAAGGACUUCCAGGCGCCAAUUGUACGGCUGACUCAAACUGCUUAGAAAAUUCAUCAUGUAAUAAGGGAACCUGUCGAUGUGAUGGUCACUACGAAGAAACUACCAAAAAAUGUCAUAAAUUAGUGAAAAAUAUCGAUGAUUCAUGCACUGAUCACGAUGAUUGUAAAAAAAUUCCAUUUACCCAAUGUGUUGAUGAGAAAUGUCAGUGUCUACCGAAUUUCGAGCGAAAAGGCGACGUUUGUAAAGGACUUCCAGGCGCCAAUUGUACGGCUGACUCAAACUGCUUAGAAAAUUCAUCAUGUAAUAAGGGAACCUGUCGAUGUGAUGAUCACUACGAAGAAACUACCAAAGAAUGUCAUAAAUUAGUGAAAAGUAAGACAUAA